AAUUUAAUUUUUAAAUUUAAAAGUUUCAAACCAAAGUGCUAUCUUUAGUCUAAAGGAAUAGAUCAUGUUUUUAUAAAGAACUUAUAAAAUGAAGUGAAAAGAAGAUUAGAUAUUUUUGAAUUAUAUAAAGAUAUUCUUUUUUUGAAAAAAGCCAUUGCAAUGAUCCUAACUCCAGAUCAAUUAGCAGCUAUCUAAUGGAUAUGUCUGAGUCAUAAUUUUUUAAAUUUUGAUAAGAGGAGCAAUAAGUCUAAAAUGAAGUUUGAAUAAAUAAAAGGAAAGCUGAAUUACCUUGAAACAUAAUUUAGUAUAAUGGAAUGUGAGGAUUUGCAGGAACAAUAUAUUUAAAAAUUUUUUGAAAAAUAAUAACAAAAUAAAUAAUUAAGUGAAAUUGAUUAAAGAAUAAUAUCAUCAAUUCGUAAAAAUGGAUGA